AUGCCUCAAAACUAUCCUACCUGGAAGCUUGUCCCUGUGUUUCGAGGGUAUAAUUUGAUGGGGUAUAUUGAUAGAACGUUGCCAUGUCCUUCUCUUGUUGUUCAGCAAGAAGAUGGAAAGGAUAUGUCUAAUAGUGAUUAUGAAUUCUGGUUUUGCCAAGACCAAUUAAUCUUGGUAGCUAUCAUAGCUUCAACAAGUUUUUCGGUAAUGCAUCUUGUAUCAUCUGCAACAUCUUCUGCUGAUGCCUGGGACAAAAUCCAAGUUUCUUAUGCUAAUCGUUCUGCGACACGAAUCCUUUCUCUUCGUGAGAAGCUUGCCAAUUUCAAAUGUGAAUCCAAGCCUGUGUCUGAAUAUUUGCAGGCUGUUAAAAUCAUGGCUGAGUAUUUAGCUCUUUGUGGGAGCCCUGUUUUUGAUAUUGAUCUUGUCAUAUAUGUCUUACAUAGUGUGGGUACUGAAUUUAGAGACAUCGCAGCUGCUGUGCGUGCUAGAGACUCAGUUAAACUUCAAGCUCAUGAACUGUACUUGAACCGAAUUGAUCCUUUAUAUGCUCCAGCUCCAAUGGUUGCCAAUAACGUCAGGAAACGGUCUGCUAGUCGCCAGACCAAUCAGUUUGACCAUCAAGGAUUUUCGAAUGUAAAUAAUUCCUUUUCUAGCUCUCCAUUUUCUUCUGCUAAGAAUAAUCAUUCUGAUUUUGUGAGGAAAGCAUCAGGUGGCUCAAAAAUUUUGUGCCAGAUUUACCUAUCCACUGAGGAGGUAAUCACAUUGGGGCGAAUUGAGAAUUCUCUUUAUCGUCUUUCUUUGUUAUCCAAAUAUGGUUUCUUGUGA